AUGUCGUCGUACUGCCUCGGCAGCGGGCGGGCGUAUGGAUUCGAGCUGGAGAUCGCGAAGCCGUCGUCUCUGUCUCCGUCGCCGGCGCGCUCCUCGUCGCCGUCGUCCACCGUCUCGGAAUCGAGCAACGCGCCGCGCGCGGUGUCGUUCAAGAAGGCGAGGGCUCCCCGGAAGCGGCCGAACCAGACGUACGACGAGGCCGCGGCCCUCCUCGCCACCGUCUACCCCACCGUCUUCUCCGCCGCCAAGCUCACCAAGCACGCGCCUUUCGCCGCCGCCUUUCCGGAGCCCGACGACCUGCUCCCGCCCCUCCCGGUCCUGAGCGACGCCGCGUUCCUAAUCCACAAGCCCCGCCCGGAGAACCUCAUCGCCGACGGAGACGCCUGCCUCGAGCGCAAGCACCGGGCUCCGCCGGCGGAAUGCGAGUGCGCUAGCCCGGCGAGCAACGGCUCGCGGGAGCCGACUCCGCUGGACCCCUUCGACGAUGACUUCGACGCCGAGUCCAUCCUCGACGAGGAAAGCAGAGGGGGCAUCGACAGCAUCAUCGGCGACUCCGCCGCGAAGAGUUCCGCCGACGGCGAACCGAGUCGCUCCGAUUCAUGCAUGAACCCCCUGCUCCGGAGCCUGAUCGGCCACAAACUCGGCGCAAAUUUCCACCUUGGCCUCGGCUUCAUGAAGAACUUCCGGCGCGCGUUGAGGAACAGCGACGAGGGCGAGUGGUGGCGGUCGCCGGCGGUUCCGGUGUGCGACAUCAACCCGGACCUCAAGCCACCUGCGGAGUUUCCGCCAGCGAUGACACCGGAUAAGAAGAAGAAGGAGAAAAAGAAAAUCGACAAAGACGACGAAGCAACAGCCACCACGGCCAUCACAACCAACUGUGCUUCGACUCCAUCGCCAGCGAAGCUGAAGGCUAGCCUGGGACUCAAGCUGAGCCAUGAGGACGUCCUCCGGUCAUGGUCCGGCCACAGCUCCAUCUUCUCCGACGGCCCCGACUCCCCAAAUUCGGCCUCUGAUGUUCUUGCAAGAUUGGCAGACAUUGAUCUUUUUCUCGACGCCGGUGGAGUAAGGGAAGCAAGUGUUCUUCGGUACAAGGAGAAGAGGAGGAACCGGUUGUUCGCGAAGAAGAUCCGAUACGAGGUGCGAAAGACAAAUGCAGACCAACGACCGAGGAUGAAGGCAAGUGGGAGGUUCAUGAGGAGGCCUUUCGAAGCGAUAGAGGAAGAGAGCCAAUGAGGCCAUGGUUUGGCAUCAUUCUUUCACGGGCAAAGUUUUGUUGAACUCGAAUUCGAUUUGAAAGGUUUUUUAGUUGUCAAGAGGCUUUUCUCCUUCUUCUUCCUUGAGAGAGUGACCUAUAAAGAAAAAACAAAUUAUCUACAAGAAGACAGUUUUUGAAAUAGUUGAAAAGUUGCAAUGACUUGUUUAUC